AUGGAAAAAGAAAGCUCAUCAUCAUCAGAAAGCCAAUCGAAUAUAAAUCAUUUUCCAAGUAACCGUAGCCGUAAAUCAGUACUGAAGGGUUCUCCGGCAUUUGUUUGGAACAAUGAAAGUACACGGACGGACGCUCCUUACUAUGACAAAAGAUAUCACAUUCCAUACGAUCUACCACCGAAUGAAGUGAACUUUGUAGGCGGUCUAGGACGACCGAAGGGUAAUGCUCGAUCAAAGCUGCAUCCGAAUCGUCCAACAACGGUUCAAAAAUUGUAUGGAAUGCGAAGUCGGAAUAAGAUAGCUGUCACCUUUACGCAGCCACUGAAAGACUCACAUUGUCUGACACAGAAAACCGACAAGUUAAUUGACAAACGGUCACCGAAGCUUGUUAAAUCCGUUGUAAGACAAGUAACAGCGGCAGAUUUUAUCAUCACUCCUUCGUCAUCAAUUGUAUCUGAUAGUAGCGAAAACAUCAAACUGAUGAAAACCAAACCUCCUCAAAGUGAACAAACCGAAGAUAAUACCAUUGAUGGAGUGCCAUUCUACUAUCCAAAAGAUGGAAUAAAAAGCCUUCUAUCUGAUUUUAUUACGCGAACUGUGGAUACGGAUGAAACUAGAUUACCACACGUUGAAUCAAAUGAACUGGACUUCCGUGUGUGGGCAACUAACAUGAGAGAUAAAUUGAGAAAAGAACGGGCUGGAUCGUCCAUCGUCUCCGAUUCUAAAGAUUCUAAUCGAAGCAGUAAUAAAACGGUCAUUACAGGAUCCAGAUAUUCGAAGAAAAAUCUGCUGAAAGUGGGCCAUAAAAACAUUGUCAAACAUAUAAGCGGUUAUAUGUUCGGUCCCUUCGCUAAAACACCAACACCCGAUAAACUCACAAAAGAAGGUGAUAAAUUCGGUAUACCCAAAACUAUGACUGAUCGUGCAAAGCGUUGUCAUAAGAAACAAAAAAUUCAACACAAUGUGCUGCGUCGCGUCAGAUUAUCCCAUAUAGGUUUCGUACAACCUCCAUCUAAAGAUGAGUCAUCCGAUGACAAUGAAAGUGUCCAAGAAGUAAAAAAAUUAGCUUUGGUCAGAACUCCAUAUUUUAUCAUACCAACGAUACGAAUAAGUCAAGUCAAAAGGAAAGAUCGAUUUCGAAAUAAAUUUUUACGAGGCGAUCGAUUGAAGAGAAUCAAUUUAUUGAUGGGAGAUCGAAGCAAAAGUCGAUCUAAACAGAGUCCUUCGAAUGUUGUCGAAACGGAUGAGGAUAUAGCUGACAGGAAACGAAUGAUGUUUGCGAAAUUCUUUCAGUUAAUCGGUAAAAAAGAUGGAAAGGGAAAGGAUGCUAUUAAGACCGACAAGACCGAAACUGAUGGUAUUGACAAAACGAACUAUUUGAAAUUAAUUCGAGAGAAUUACCUGAAAAAUCGCGACAAAUACGAAAUCGAGGAUGAGGAACCGAAACCUGUAACAUUCGAUGAGUUUAAAGAACAAGGACCACAAGAAAUGCCCACCACCCCAACUAAAAAGCAAAAAAAUGGCAAAGAUAAGGACUCCGUAACGGAGAGACCGAUUACGAUGAAAAAUCGAUUUGAGGUGAUUAAACCAAAGGAACUGUUCAAGCGGAAGAAAAACGAGAAAAUCUCAAAGUAUGACGAAAUCGUGGGACCUUUCUAUGUUGAUCCGAAUUUGAUGGAUAAAUUUCGUUCGCCGAAGAAAUACAAGCAGCCCCACAAAUACUACACAAAUUUGAUUAAAGGAAAAUUUUGGACCAGAGAUCGGUUGCAGGUGAAUGCACCAGAAUUUGGUAAAGAAAAAGUUGGGCAAACCAAAAAGGAAUAUUAUCAUCGUUUAGCUACCGAGUUAGAUGAGUUUUAUAUUCACGAAUUAAGACACAGACCUCCGAAUCGGAAAUUUUGCGUCAAGACUGAUAUCAUGACUCUACAACAAAUUGCACGUCGUAACUUCAAUCUCUACUACAUUCAAGAAAACUUAAUCGAACUUAAAGCUAAGCAAAUAGCUGAAAAUAAAUUAAUGGACGAGGCUGAAGAAUUUGCUGAGCUUUGCAAAACCUUAUUCACCAAGUGGAAAUCUGAAGCAUUCAAUGACUUUAAUGAAAAACUGACCCAACAAAAGCAAUUUGAAGCGGAAAAUAAAUGGUUGCAUCAACAGCAUCAUGACCUAGGCGAAGAACUGAGGAAAAUGAGUAAAGAUGUAUUUUUGAUUGAGGAAAAUUGGAACGAGCUGAUGAUGCUACAGAAUUACUAUUACAUUUUGCAAGAUUCAGAGUGGCGUCAAUCAAAUGACUGGAUUCAUGUUGAUUCGAAUGGUAUGGUCCUAUCACCACUUCAGGCUGUUAAUUAUUGCAAAACUAAAAAUAUUCGACCUCGAACUGACUGUUGUGGAUUCUCAAUAAAAACUCACUUUGACAACGAAACGAGUGGAAAAUUGGAAAGGAUGAGAUCCAUUUCACCAGCGCCUGAUCUACUAAAAAAGAAUUUAGAGAUCUUAAAGCAGAAAGCAUUCGAUCGUGUCAUUCAGCACAAUCGUACCUUUUGGAUGUAUAAACAAAUUAAUAUCAUGUGCAAUAAGCUGAUGAAUCAGUUGAGCGAAUUAAGAGUUCUUGAGGAAGAAAAGAUUAAAAUGAUCAGAGAAAGAAAAGAAUUUAUGGAACGUCGUGCACUGUUUUUAAAGGAGAAAACACAGAAUUAUAUUGAUAAAUCGAUACCCGGUGCAGCUAAGAGUCUGAACGAACGAACAAUUCUAUCCAUAUGCUCGCAACUUUACAACCAACUCAUACCGAAAGAAAUGACUUCCGAAACAGUGCUGGAUAAUAUAACAGCAAUCGAUAAAUUCAAAUUUAUUCAUCAAUUUGCAUUGGACCUCUUCCAACAAUUGGACACAGUACCUGUUGAUAUACUGAGAAGUGCCGAACAAGUUGCCAAAGAAAAUCGAAAACGUAUAGCCGAACAGACACGACUUGCAGUGAUUAAACAGAAACGAUUCGAUUUAUUGAAAAAACAAUUACGCAAUCAAUUUACGGCAGUAGCGCCGUUUAAACGUGUUACCAUUACAACAGAAAGGAAAAGUUUGAAUGAAAUGAAGGCUUAGUUGUAAAAAUUCAUUAUUUCUCUGCAGUAUGAAACAAAAACUGUGAAUAUUGGUUGGUUGCGUUGUAUAGGAAAAUAUAUUAAUUUUUUGAUUGAACCGAAUAAAUUGCAUAAUCUAAUCAUAUUUGCACGCGUAAAUUA